AUGUAUGCUAAGGGAGAGGAUGCCCUUAAAAGCCCCUCCACGGCCAAGUGCUUGCUGUUACAAGCUGUCUUGGUGUUUGGUCAGUUUGCCUUCUUCCAUACGGCCCUCAACGACGUGGUGGAGGUGCAUGAUGGCCACAGCCAGCACGCCCGACUCCUCAGCUCGCUCUCCGGCUCCCACACAGGAGAGUCGCUGCCCUUGGCCACUUCUAAUCAAGUGCUCAUCAAGUUCAGUGCCAAAGGCCAAGCACCAGCCAGAGGUUUUCACUUUGUCUACCAAGCCGUACCCCGAACCAGCGCCACGCAGUGCAGCUCCGUGCCGGAACCCCGCUAUGGCAAGAGACUGGGCAGUGACUUCUCCGUGGGCGCCAUUGUCCGCUUCGAAUGCAAUUCCGGUUAUGCCCUGCAGGGAUCCCAAGAAAUUGAGUGCCUCCCUGUGCCCGGGGCCCUGGCCCAGUGGAAUGUCUCAGCACCCACAUGUGUGGUGCCCUGCGGAGGCAACCUCACGGAGCGCAGGGGCACCAUCCUGUCCCCCGGCUUCCCAGAGCCCUACCUCAACAGCCUCAACUGUGUGUGGAAGAUCAUGGUCCCGGAGGGUGCCGGCAUCCAGAUCCAAGUCAUCAGUUUUGUCACAGAGCAGAACUGGGACUCUCUGGAAGUAUUUGAUGGGGCGGAUAACACUGUUACCAUGCUGGGGAGUUUCUCAGGAACAACCGUGCCUGCCUUGCUGAACAGCACCUCCAACCAACUCUACCUUCAUUUCUACUCUGACAUCAGCGUGUCUGCGGCUGGCUUCCACUUGGAAUACAAAACCGUGGGCCUGAGCAGCUGCCCGGAACCUGCUGUGCCCAGUAACGGAGUGAAGAGUGGUGAACGCUACCUGGUGAAUGACGUGGUCUCAUUUCAGUGCGAGCCAGGCUAUGCCCUCCAGGGCCACGCCCACAUCUCCUGUAUGCCCGGGACCGUCCGGCGCUGGAACUACCCUCCUCCACUCUGCAUUGCGCAGUGCGGAGGAUCUGUGGAAGAGAUGGAGGGGGUUAUCCUGAGCCCUGGCUUCCCUGGCAACUACCCCAGUAACAUGGACUGCUCCUGGAAGAUAGCACUGCCCGUGGGCUUUGGAGCUCACAUCCAGUUCCUGAACUUCUCCACCGAGCCCAACCAUGACUUCAUUGAAAUCCGGAAUGGCCCAUAUGAGACCAGCCGCAUGAUGGGCAGGUUCAGCGGCAGCGAGCUGCCCAGCGCCCUGCUCUCCACGUCCCAUGAGACCACCGUGUAUUUCCACAGCGACCACUCCCAGAACCGGCCUGGAUUCAAGCUGGAGUACCAGGCCUAUGAGCUUCAGGAGUGCCCAGAUCCAGAGCCCUUUGCCAAUGGCAUCGUGAGGGGAGCUGGCUACAACGUUGGGCAGUCAGUGACCUUUGAAUGCCUCCCAGGAUAUCAACUGAUGGGCCACCCUGUCCUCACGUGCGAACAUGGCACCAACAGGAACUGGGACCACCCUCUGCCCAGGUGUGAAGUGCCUUGUGGCGGGAACGUCACUGCCUUCAACGGCACCGUGUACUCCCCGGGGUACCCACAACCAUACUCCAGCUCUCAGGACUGUGUCUGGCUCAUCACCGUGCCCAUUGGUCAUGGCGUCCGUCUCAACCUCAGCCUGCUGCAGACAGAACCCUCUGGGGACUUCAUCACCGUCUGGGAUGGGCCACAGCAGACAGUGCCACAGCUCGGAAUCUUCACCAGGAGCCUGGCCAAGAAAAUUAUGCACAGCUCAUCCAACCAGGUCCUGCUGAAGUUUCGCCAUGAAGCGGCCAUGGGCGGGAUCUUUGCCAUCGCCUUCUCGGCUUAUCCACUCACCAAAUGCCCUCCUCCCACCAUCCUCCCCAACGCCGAAGUCGUCACAGAGAAUGAAGAGUUCAACAUAGGUGACAUCGUUCGCUACAGGUGCCUCCCUGGCUUCACCUUGGUGGGGAAUGAAAUCCUGACCUGCAAACUUGGCACGUACCUGCAGUUUGAAGGCCCACCCCCACUCUGUGAAGUGCACUGCCCAACGAACGAGCUUCUGACAGACUCCACUGGUGUGAUCCUGAGUCAGAGCUACCCUGGAAGUUACCCUCAGUUCCAGACCUGCUCAUGGCUGGUCAGAGUGGAGCCCGAGUAUAACAUCUCCAUCACUGUGGAGUACUUCCUCAGCGAGAAGCAGUACGAUGAGUUUGAGAUCUUUGACGGUCCCUCCGGACAGAGUCCUCUGCUGAAGGCCCUCAGUGGAAAUUACUCAGCUCCCCUGGUUGUCACCAGUUCAAGCAAUUCUGUGUACCUGCGCUGGUCAUCGGACCAUGCCUACAACCGUAAGGGCUUCAAGAUCCGGUAUUCAGCCCCUUACUGCAGCCUGCCUCGGGCUCCACUCCACGGCUUCAUCCUGGGCCAGACCAGCACUCAGCCCGGAGGCACCAUCCACUUUGGCUGCAACACUGGCUACCGCCUGGUGGGACAGAGCAUGGCCAUUUGCACCCGGCACCCCCAGGGCUACCACCUGUGGAGUGAAGCCAUCCCUCUCUGCCAAGCUCUGUCCUGUGGUCUUCCUGAAGCCCCCAAGAAUGGAAUGGUGUUUGGCAAGGAGUACACGGUGGGGACCAAGGCUGUGUACAGCUGCAAUGAAGGUUACCAUCUCCAGGCUGGUGCUGAGGUCACCACGGAGUGUCUGGACACAGGCCGAUGGAGCAACCACAAUGUCCCCCCAUCGUGUGUCCCUGUGACCUGUCCGGAUGUCAGCAGCAUCAGCGUGGAGCAUGGCCGGUGGAGGCUCAUCUUUGAGUCGCAGUACCAGUUCCAGGCCCAGCUGAUGCUCAUCUGUGACCCUGGCUACUACUACACGGGUCAGAGGGUCAUCCGCUGCCAGUCCAAUGGCAGAUGGAGCCUUGGAGACUCGAUGCCCACCUGUCAAAUCAUCUCCUGCGGUGAGCUGCCCAUCCCACCCAGUGGGCACCGCAUUGGGACACUGUCCAUCUAUGGAGCGACAGCCAUCUUCUCCUGCAAUUCUGGGUACACACUGGUGGGCUCCAGGGUACGGGAGUGCAUGGCCAACGGGCUGUGGAGUGGCUCUGAGGUCCGCUGCCUUGCCGGACACUGUGGGACUCCUGAGCCCAUUGUCAACGGACACAUCAACGGUGAGAAUUACAACUACCGGGGCAGCGUGGUCUACCAGUGCAAUGCCGGCUUCCGCCUCAUCGGCAUGUCUGUGCGCAUCUGCCAGCAGGAUCACCACUGGUCGGGCAAGACCCCUUUCUGUGUGCCCAUCACCUGCGGCCACCCAGGAAACCCUAUCAAUGGCCUCACUCAGGGCAGCCAGUUCAACCUCAACGAUGUGGUCAAGUUUGUCUGCAACCCUGGGUAUGUGGCUGAGGGGGCUGCUCAGUCACAGUGCCUGGCCAGCGGGCAGUGGAGCGAUAUGCUGCCCACCUGCAGAAUCAUCAACUGCACAGAUCCGGGCCACCAAGAAAAUAGCGUUCGCCAGGUGCACACCAAAGGCCCACACAGGUUCAGCUAUGGCACCACCGUGUCUUACCAGUGCAGCCACGGCUUCUACCUCCUGGGCACCCCCGUGCUCAGCUGCCAGGGCGAUGGCACGUGGGACCGCCCCCGCCCCCAGUGUCUCUUGGUGUCCUGUGGUCACCCAGGCUCCCCUCCACAUGCCCAGAUGUCGGGGGACAGCUUCACCGUGGGCUCCAUCGUGCGGUACAGCUGCACUGGCAAGCGGAUGCUGGUGGGAAACGCUACCCGCAUGUGUGGGCUGGAUGGACACUGGACUGGCUCCCUACCACACUGCUCAGGAACCAGCGCAGGAGUUUGUGGCGAUCCUGGCAUUCCAGCCCAUGGCAUCCGACUGGGGGAUAGCUUUGCUCCGGGCAGCCUGAUGCGCUUCAGCUGUGAGGCUGGAUACACACUCCGCGGAUCCUCUGAACGAACCUGCCAAGCCAACAGCUCAUGGAGUGGCUCGCAGCCUGAGUGUGGAGUGAUCUCCUGUGGGAACCCAGGGACUCCAAGCAAUGCCCGAGUCACGUUUAGCGAUGGCCUGGUCUUCUCCAGCUCCAUCGUCUAUGAGUGCCGGGAAGGCUACUAUGCCCCAGGCCUGCUCAGUCGACACUGCUCCGUCAAUGGCACCUGGACAGGCAGUGACCCCGAGUGCACAGUGAUAAACUGUGGUGACCCCGGGAUUCCAGCCAAUGGCCUCCGGCUAGGCAACGACUUCAGGUAUAACAAAACCGUGACCUACCAGUGCAUGCCUGGAUACAUGAUGGAGUCACAUCGGGUGUCUGUGCUGAGUUGCACCAAGGAUCGGACAUGGAAUGGCACUAAGCCAGUGUGCAAAGCUAUCAUGUGCAAGCCACCUCAGCUCAUCCCCAACGGGAAGGUGGUAGGAUCUGACUUCAUGUGGGGCUCGAGUGUGACUUAUGCCUGCCUGGAGGGGUACCAGCUGUCCCUGCCCGCGGUGCUGACCUGUGAGGGGAAUGGAUCCUGGACUGGAGAGCUGCCUCAGUGCUUCCCCGUGUUCUGUGGAGAUCCUGGCGUCCCACCCCGUGGGAGGAGAGAGGACCGAGGCUUCUCCUACAGGUCGUCCGUCUCCUACUCCUGCCAGCCCCCUCUGGUGCUGGUGGGCUCUCCACGGAGGUUUUGCCAGUCAGACGGGACUUGGAGUGGCACCCAGCCCAGCUGUGUAGAUCCAACACUGACUGUGUGUGCAGACCCGGGCAAGCCACAGUUUGGAAUACAGAACAAUUCCCAGGGCUAUCAGGUUGGAAGCACCGUGCUCUUCCGCUGUCAGAAAGGUUACCUGCUGCAGGGUUCCACCACCAGGACCUGCCUCCCCAACCUAACGUGGAGCGGCACCCCGCCCGACUGUGUCCCCCACCACUGCAGGCAGCCCGAGACACCCACCCAUGCCAACGUCGGGGCCCUGGACCUGCCCUCCAUGGGCUACACGCUAAUCUACUCCUGCCAGGAAGGCUUCUCCCUCAAGGGUGGCUCUGAGCACCGCACCUGCAAAGCGGAUGGCAGCUGGACAGGCAAGCCACCCAUCUGCCUGGCAGAGGUCCGGCCCAGUGGGAGACCCAUCAACACAGCUCGAGAGCCACCACUCACCCAAGCCUCAGUUCCUGGGGACGUUUUUGCCAAGAAUUCUCUUUGGAAAGGGGCAUAUGAGUACCAGGGGAAGAAGCAACCAGCCAUGCUCAAAGUCACUGGCUUCCAGGUUGGCAACAGCAAGGUCAACGCCACCAUGAUUGACCACAGCGGUGUGGAGCUGCACUUGGCUGGAACUUACAAGAAAGAAGAUUUCCAUCUCCUCCUCCAGGUUUACCAGAUCAUGGGGCCUGCAGAGAUCUUUGUGAACAAGUUCAAAGAUGAUCACUGGGCUUUGGAUGGGCAUGUCUCUUGUGAGUCCUCCGGAGGCACCUUCAUCUACCAAGGUUCCGUCAAGGGUCAAGGCUUUGGGCAUUUCGGCUUUCAACGACUCGACCUCAGGCUAUGGGAGUCGGACCCCGAGUCUAUCGGCCGCCACUUUGCUUCCAACAGCAGCUCGGUGGCGGCUGCCAUCCUGGUGCCUUUCAUCGCCCUCAUCAUCGCGGGCUUUGUGCUCUAUCUGUACAAGCACAGGAGAAGACCCAAAGUUCCCUUCAAUGGCUAUGCAGGCCAUGAGAACACGAAUGUCAGAGCCACAUUUGAGAAUCCGAUGUACGAUCGCAACAUCCAGCCCACGGACAUCAUGGCCAGCGAGGCGGAGUUCACAGUCAGCACGGUGUGUACCGCCGUAUAGCCUCUGGGCCUGGCUGCCGCCCCACCGCCACCGAGAGCCCCGC